CAAACCCCGUGCACUCUCCCCCUCUCUCUCCAUCUCUCCUUAUCACUUUCUCUCUCUCUCCACGAAAAGCUCCCACCCUCCCACUGAAUUCCCUCAAACAUAAUCUCUCAUCCCUAAUAAGGAACAAACAGUUCACUAAAAAACCACACUUUUAGCAUUCCAUCCCUCCUUCCUCACUCCCGAGGGAGUAAAAUUGGAACCUUUUCACGUUUUCUCAUAAAUGGCCUCUCUUCAGCCACUCUGAACGUGCUCCCUUUCAAUAAAACCACCGCCUUGUUUGCUUCUCUUGGUCCACAUGGCGGAUCGAUAUUCUGAGCAGGAGAGCAGUGGCAGCAAUUCUUCGUCCCCCCAUUCUUCUUCCUCGCCAUCUGACUUCGCCGCCGGUUGCGGCGGCAAGCGAUCGCGUGAGGGAAGCAAGCAUCCGUUAUACAGAGGAGUUCGAAUGCGUAACUGGGGAAAGUGGGUUUCUGAGAUCAGGGAACCCAGGAAAAAAUCGCGCAUUUGGCUCGGAACAUUCUCCACGCCGGAGAUGGCAGCGCGGGCUCACGAUGUGGCUGCACUGAGCAUCAAGGGCAGCUCUGCAAUUCUCAAUUUUCCCGAGCUCGCUGCUUCACUUCCAAAGCCGGCGACGUUAUCUCCGCGAGACGUGCAGGCUGCAGCGGCAAAGGCGGCAGCAUUGGAGCCGGCAGCACUGGUAGUUGCCGAGACGCCAUCGACGGAGGAAUUGGGGGACAUAGUGGAGCUACCAAGGUUAGGGGGUAGUCUCCUGGAUACCUCCGGCCGGGAGGUUGUUUAUGAUGAAGUGGUGGAUUCAUGGCCAUAUUCUUGGGCAGAAAAAACAGAAGACUUUGCUCUGUUUUCUUGCUCUAUCUCGCCAAUUAGUAACUUCGACGCACUGUUUUGGGAUUACUGAACUACACCCACUCCUCUUACUCCUAUCUACUUCAUCUUACACAUUUAUUUCCUAGCUCUCCUCUUAAUUUGUUAGCCCUUUUUCUCCUACCAUCUCUACCUCUUUUGUGAAGUUUAUGUUACUCCUACUGGUACUUGUUUUUUGUUUUUUUCAAAUAAUUUCAGCGUGAGAAGCUAGAAAGCAGCAAAUUUCUAUAGAUUAUAAAUUAGGAGGCCGAGAAUCUGUGAUAUAAAAUGAUGGUUUUUUUCCUCGGUUUUAUUGUGCUAUGGGAUGAACCAUUCAAGUGUAAAAGGAAAAUUACAAUUUG